AUGAAUCCCACUCCUACCUCACAGCAGCCCAAUGUGCAUGGGAACAUGGAGGAGGAUGGAAAUCAAGAGCGAACAGAAGGGCAGAGGUGGGUGAGUUUGUUAGGGUCAUUCUCAAGCAUGAUGAAGAUUUCUGAGGAUAAAGAAUCCAAAUCCAUAGUGUUGAAUGUUGAUUCCGUCGUCUGCCGGUCCAUCGUGGCAUCGCCGACCAGUCUGUCGGCCGCCCGCGGCCCCGGCCCGCCUGUCCACCGCGGCGUCGCCCAUCCACUGCAGCAGGACUCUGUGCAUUUUGUCCGGGAUCAGAAGGUUAUUAUUUGGCUCUUCCAGCAAAUUAUGGAGAGGUUUUUUAAACCUAAACGUUUUCGUGAGGGUUCUUCCAAUGAUCCUAAUAUUAAUAAAGUUGUGGAAAUUCAAUCUCAUGUGGAAUUAGAUUUAAAUGAUAUUGUUAGUGAUCCUGGAUUACGAAAAUCAAUUGAAGAGUUUGAUAUUUCUAUUCGAGAUCAAGUCCGAGAGAGAGGUCGAUAUAAAGAGGAUGCCUUUGUAAAAAAUGGAUUUAUUAAUUGGAAAAAUGCUUUAGAAAGAUUUAAUUUGCAUAAUGGUGCCGUAGAUAGUUGUCACAAUCAUGCUAGAGUACAGGUCGAAUCUUUUCAAGAUCAAAGACAUAGUGUUUCAAAUAUAUUACGAGCACAUGGGCGAGAUAUAGAGGUUUCUUAUCGCAUCCGUUUAACAGCAAUGUUGGAUGUUAGGCGAUUUCUUUUAAAGCAAGGACUGUCUUUCCGUGGACAUGAUGAGUCAAGUAAUUCUUUAAAUAGAGGAAACUUUCUUGACGGAAACAAUCAAAUGAUUUCUCCAGCAAUUCAAAAAGACCUUACGCGUGCUUGUGCCUCUGAGAUCACACUUUCCAUAAUCGAAGAUAUUGGAAACAAUGUUUUCUCCUUAAUGGUUGAUGAAUCUCGAGACAUUUCAGUGAAGGAGCAAAUGAGAGUUGUUUUGAGAUAUGUGAACAAAAGAGGACAGGUGAUUGAACGAUUCCUUGCAAUUGUACAUGUAUCUGACACUAGCUCUCGUUCUUUGAAGGAUGCUAUCGAUGCUUUAUUUGCGAAACAUGGAUUAUCAUUAUCUAGACUGAGAGGUCAAGGAUAUGAUGGAGCUUCAAAUAUGCGGGGUGAAUUCAAUGGAUUGAAAUCUCUCAUUUUACAAGAAAAUCCAUAUGCAAGUUAUAUUCAUUGUUUUUCUCACCAAUUGCAGUUAGUUAUUAUUGUUGUUGCCAAGAGUAAUCUCAAUGCGAGUGAGUUUUUUAACUAUGUCACUAUGAUUGUUAACACAACGGGAGCAUCAUGUAAAAGGAGAGAUCAACUUAGGCAAAUUGAACAUAAUAGGAUUGUUGUAAUGUUGGAGGGUGGAGACAUUAGUACAUGCAGUGGCAAAAAUCAAGAAACUAAUUUAGUAAGGCCAGGAGACACUCGUUGGGGAUCACACUACUUGACAUUGGGUCGUCUAUUAUCUAUGUGGCCUUCAGUGAUUCAAGUGUUGGAGAAUAUUUGUGAUGAUUCUAGUUCUUUUGAUAGUAGAGGGUUUGCCAAAAGUUUGAUUCAGAAAAUGGAGAAUUAUGAGUUUGUUUUCAUGUUGCACUUGAUGAAGAUGAUAUUGGGAAUGACAAAUGAGUUGUCACUUGUGUUACAACAAAAGGAUCAAAAUAUUGUCCAAGCCAUAAGCUUGAUUGAGAGUGUGAAAGAUCAAUUUCAAAUAUUUAGGGAAGACGGAUGGCAUACAAUUAUAGAUAAAGUCAACACAUUUUGUGAGUUGAAUGAGAUCCCAGUGCCGGAGAUGAAAGACAAUUGUAUGAUUGGUGGUCGUAGUAGACGUAGAAGGCAAGUCAUCACCAAUUUGCAUUAUUAUCGUGUGGAGAUUUUCUAUCAGGUUGUUGAUUCAGUUAUACAAGAGAUGAAUACUCGUUUUUUAGAAGUUGGCACAGAAUUGCUUAGUUGUAUAGCAUGUCUUCAUCCAAGGAAUUCUUUUUCUGAAUUCAAUGUUCAGAAACUCGUUCGACUUUGUGAUUUAUAUCCUGAGGACUUCUCAACAAAUGAUUGUAUAGUUAUUGAACAACAAUUUCAGAAUUUCAUUCAUAAUAUACAACAGGAUCCAAAUUUUUUUGGAAUUGAAGAUUUGGGAAGUUUUGCUCAGAAAAUUGUUGAAACUCAAAAAAAUCAAGCUUAUCCAUUGGUUUAUCGUCUGAUUGAGAUGACAUUAGCUUUACCAGUUGCGACCGCUUCUGUUGAAAGAGUAUUUUCUGCGAUGAAGACGAUAAAGACUGAUUUACGUAACAGAAUGGGAGACGAGUGGAUGAAUGACAGUCUAGUCGUAUACAUCGAGAAAGAUAUCUUUUCAACAAUUGAAAAUGAGCAAAUAUUGCAACGUUUUCAAAAGAUGAAAAGCCGCAGGAUGCAGUUACCUCCUCUUUCUUAUCCAACGAUCACCUAA